AUGUCCGAUUGCAUGAAGAAAUCCCUCCUCUGGCUGCUGCUCCUGAGCUGCUGCUCAACGCCGUGCUCCGGCUCCGGCGACGAGCCCGACGUCCGCUGCCUCAAGAGCUUCCUGCGAUCCGUGGUUGAUCCCGGGGGCGCACUGAAAUCCUCGUGGAAUUUCAACAACGCCACAAAGGGUUACAUCUGCGGCUUCACCGGUGUAACGUGCUGGUCCGCUGACCAGCACAGGGUCUGGUCGCUGCGCCUCAGCGGCGUGGGGCUCCAAGGCCCGUUCCCCCGGGGACUGCAGGACUGCGCGAACAUGACCGGCACCCUCGACCUGUCGAGCAACAGCUUUGCCGGACCGAUCCCCGCGGACAUCUCGCAGCAGCUCCCGUUUGUAACGUCUCUUAACCUCUCGUACAACGGCUUCCGGGGGCCGAUCCCGCCGGGCAUGGGGAAGAUGGGGGAGUUCCUCGCCCACGUCGACCUUGGGCACAACCAGCUCAGCGGCCAGGUCCCCUUGGAGCUGUCCAGGCUUCGUUUUCUGGCCUCGAUGAACGUUGCGAACAACUCGUUGUCCGGGCCGAUCCCGGCUUUUCUGCAGGGGUUUCCGGCGGCGUCCUUUGCCGGCAACGACGGGCUCUGUGGCGCUCCGUUGGAUCGUCGUUGCCCCGCCUCCGCGAGGAGUAGAAUGCAAAUCAGCGGCGAGUCGAGUGUCGGGGCGGCUGUCGGGUUCGUCCUGGGCUUUGCGGUGGCCUUCUACUUCCCGCAGUGGUUCUCCCGGAGGCUCCACCCCUACGUCUACCGCUUUCUCUGA